UACAGUAUAUCCAGAGUGCAUUCGCCGUAACCCAGUCACACAGUUGGCGUGUACGGGGCACAAGCAGCCCGGAGACCCUUCGGCACGCGGUCGGCUGUUCAUUUCUUUGACUCUGACUCCAAUGAUGGCAGCUCUGAUACAGUGCUGAGAGAAGACGAUCCGCUCGCCCUGAUUCAGCAGCGCUGGUCAGCAGCCUCCCUCCCCCUCCGUCAUUUGUCUCUAUGGUAACUAUUCGAAGGCAUUAUGCAGCUUGAAAACUACUUUCCUCCCCGCGCCGCACGGUAGCAGCUCGGCAUUGUUAAGUGAAAUCAGCGCAGAGCGCCGGCGGUGCCGCGCAUUCUGCUUGGCCAGCGGUGCGGAGGAACCGGAGGUCCUGCAGCAACCCAAACACAAACGGGAUUCUCGCUUGUGACUUCUGUUCCCGUCCUGGAUGCUGCCUCGUCUGAUAGCCUUCUGGGCCAGUGGCAGAAGGUCGGCUUCUUCUCCUACCAUUGGGCGAGGGCAGCUGAGAGCCACCGCGGGUCGCAGCGGCGGGCUGCGAAUGGCUGAGGUGGGCACUUUCCGGCCACUCUGAGGGACGACUGCAAAGAAAUCAGCACCCCACCGAGCCAUUUUUUCAAGUGAGAGGUGGCUCACGUCACUUCCUUGUACCAUGCAGACAGCAAAUGCAGAAGCACCUAAUCCAUGGCUCAGCUACAGUCAAGAGACCACAAUUCCAGAAACCACAAGGGUGCUGAUCAAGGAAGUGUUCCGAGGAGACCAUUUUCACCUGCCACUCAGUAUGGACACUGCUCAAGAACUGUCUGGGGACGCCAGCUCCAAGCAGCAGGUAUCCAGUGGCACCCCUGCUGAGGUAGAGCUUUCCAACUUUGGUUUGCUGAAAGUUGAAGAAAUAAGCACAGAUGAUCUGAAGAGAUCGGGGGAUUCCUAUUCCACAUCCUGCAACACAUCACGAACUGAAGCACCUUGUGAAAGCAGUGACAAUCAGGAGCAGAACAGCAGCAGCAAGAUACCCAAUCGUGACAGUGGGAUCGAUAGCCCCUCUUGCCAUACAGAUGGAGAACCCUUCAAUGAAGAUGAGAAGAGAGAGAAUGUCCCUGAUAAUGAGGUGAAGAUAGAAGAAGAGGAGAGAAAAGUCAUAACUGGCAAUGCCACCCCAGUGGACAAUAAGAGAGACUCGACUCAAGAUGAAGAGGACAGUGACCUGGAUGAAGGCAGCAGUGAGGAACAUGAAGCUGUCGAUUCAUUGAAGGAAGAACAGCUAGAGACACUCAAGUGUUCAGUGCCACAGAAGCUGUUCAACAUUGCCAGUGAGCUUUUGCAGACUGAAGAGGCCUACGUGAAGAGACUCAAUCUCUUGGACCAGGUCUUUUGCACAAAAUUAACAGAAGCUGGAAUUCAAACAGAUGUCAUCAAUGGCAUCUUUUCAAACAUCUCCUCAAUCUACCGGUUCCAUGAACAAUUCCUCCUUCCUGAACUGAAGACAAGAAUCACAGCUGAGUGGAAUGAGAAUCCUCGAAUAGGUGACAUUCUCCAAAAGCUGGCUCCUUUCCUCAAAAUGUAUGGGGAAUAUGUGAAAAACUUUGACAGAGCUAUGGACCUAGUGAAUACGCACACACAGCGGUCAUCUCAGUUCAAAAGUGUUGUUCACAGCAUCCAGAAACAGGACGUGUGUGGUAACUUGACCUUGCAGCAUCAUAUGCUGGAGCCAGUGCAGCGCAUUCCUCGCUAUGAGCUACUCCUCAAGGACUACCUGAAGAAGCUGCCAGAGGACGCGGCAGACAGGAAGGAUGCAGAAAAAUCUCUGGAACUCAUUGCCACGGCAGCUAAUCAUUCCAAUGCAGCAAUUCGCAAGAUGGAAAAGAUGCACAGACUGUUGGAAGUGUAUGAAAGACUCGGUGGGGAGGAAGACAUUGUGAACCCUGCUAAUGAGCUCAUCAAGGAAGGCCACCUGCUGAAGCUGUCUGCCAAGAAUGGCAGCGCCCAGGACCGAUAUCUUUUUCUGUUCAACAACAUGCUGCUGUACUGUGUGCCAAAGCUACGACUGAGGGGUCAGAAAUUCAGUGUGAGAGACAAGAUUGACGUUGCAGGAAUGCAGGUGCAGGAGAACAUAAAGCACAAUCUGCCACACACCUUCACCAUUGUGGGAAAACAACGCUCCCUUGAGCUACAAGCCAGAACUGAGGAAGAGAAGAAAGACUGGAUUCAGGAGAUCCAGUCCACCAUCGAGAAGCACAAGCAGAACAGUGAAACAUUUAAUAAGGCGUUCAGCACCUCCUUUUCCAGAGAUGAUGAGCACAUCCCAGAUUCCCCAAAUGUUUCAGGAAGUUUUUCAUUGGACCAAGCAGAAGGAAGCAACACUGUGGCAGGGGUGGACUCCUGGAGGAAACACUCGAGAAUAAAAAAGGAGAAAGAGAAACAAACAUGUAAAAGUUGCAAUGAGAGCUUCAACUCCAUCACAAAGCGGAGGCACCACUGCAAAGCCUGCAAUGCGGCGAUCUGUGCCAAGUGCUCAGAAUUCAUGCCUUUUCCGGAUGCCAGCCGGCAAAGCCGAGUAUGUAAAGACUGUUUUGCAUCACCAGUGGGGGUACCUCCUAGCCCAGGACCUGACGUAACAGUGGAGCAGCAGAAAAAGUUACUUGAGAAACAGGUCUCCUUGGCGGCUGAGAACUGCCUUGUCUGUGGUCAUCUUCAGUUUAUGGAGGGGAAGGGAAAGAACUGGAGCAGAGUUUGGGUCACCAUCACCAAAAAUGAGCCUCUUGUGAUGUAUCUACAAUGGAGCAACCAGGAGAGCCGUGGUCCACGUCCCGUUCCACUCCCAGGCCUCAAGAUUGGCGUGUCAACAGAAAAACACGAGGUGAAGAAUGUUUUCAGACUGAGCCACCCCCAUCAGACUCUGCUCUUCAGUGCGGACGAUGAGGCUGCCCAGAUGAGAUGGAUGGAGAUACUUUCUAAAUUGACCAAAGGGGAGAUAGAAGAGGAGGCCCCUGUUGACGGAGCAGAGGCCAUGAUCAACCUAUAACAGGGAGCAGGGUGCGCCGUGUAGCAAGGACCCAGCCUACCCACAGUUGCCUUGUUCAUUUGUGAUACUCCUCAGUGUUUGAACUUCUUCAAGACUCUUUUUAGCACUUUUCCAAUAUCACAAGAAGGUAUAAAAAUGACGGAGGAGCUGGCGACUGGAUCCAUGGAGCAUUACUAACGCUGUGCUUAUCUCUCUCUUUAAUGUCCUUUCACCGGUAGCUUUCCUGCGUGUGAAGGGGUAGCACAAUACUUGGAACGUCUCCCUAUCACACACUCUCUCUUCUCCUUUUCUCUUUGUCUUUGUGUUCUGUUUUCCCAGGUUUUCCCAUUUCAGUUGCUAGUAUUGUUUUGGUUUGGCAUAAGCCAUGUUUUUCCAGAGCUUUGUACCCUGGGGAAAUGCCAGAGGAGUACAAAACCAAAUGGAGAAACAAUGACAUGGAUGUGAAGUGCCUCUCUCAUUUUGUCAGUCUGUCUGUCAUGGUUUGGUGAGUAAUGAUAGUGUUCUGUCACUCACCCCAGUCCUUCUUCAUAAUGAUCUCCAAAGCCACCAGGGCAGCACCUGUAACAGUCACAUAGUCCCAUAAGGGUGACAGAAAGAAGGCAAGGCGAGACAAGGGUGCAGCAGGCAUCGGGUUCAGGCCUUGCUCUGGCAGUGUCGCCUUUGGACUUGUCAGUUCCGAUGGGAUUAUUGUCCAGUUCACAGCACUAGUAUAGUCGGCAAGUCACUAGUCACGCCUGGUGGUCCUGCUGCACUGGUUCGAAUCUCUCCUUGUUGGUGUCUCACUUGAUUCUUUGAAUAAAUGCUGACCAAUUGUGGCCACUUGGGAUUUUUAAAAUUUGUUUAUAGUUUUAAUUUCUUUUAACUUUUUUUAUAUUUAUACACUGUGCUUUGAGAUGGUUGUCAAUCUGUGGAGUCUUUUAACAUUUCUUACCAAGACCUCAAGGUUAAGCAGUGAAACAUUAAUAAAAAACAAAAAUUCCAAGUUGC